AUGGACUACCUUUUUUGGAGGAAAAACAAUAUUAUUGAGUCGGAAGAAGACAGAGACCCGUACCCCUGGAUUAUCUGGUAUAUCUGGAAGGCAAAGAAUGAUAAACUGUUCAGGGGGAUCGACAGAGAUCCUUUGGAGUUAGUUCGAUAUGCAGAAAGUGAAUGUCAGACCUGGUUUGAAGCGAAUGAAGUGGCACAACCAGUGGUACAAGAUAACAAUAUGGAGAAUCCCCAAGUCAUAAGCUUGGGUAAUAUAUGCUUGCUGGAUGGAUCUUGGACUGCCUCUGCCAAUUAUAGUGGAUGUGGGUGGGUUUGGCUGGACAGUAGUGGAAAGACCCAGCUCAUUGGGACAAGAAAUCUCACUCGACGUGAAUCAGCCUUACAUACGGAAGUAAAAGCACUGAGGUGGGCGAUGGAGAAUAUGCUUCAGCACUCAACAUGUCAGAGCUUUGAGACGGACUGCAAGGAGCUGAUUGCAAUGUUAAAGGAGCCUCAUGCUUGGCCAAGCUUUGCGACGAAAUUGGAGAUGAUAGAGACACUACAGAUAUGA